AUGGCCGUCCAGAACUCGGCCGGCGCCAAGAGGGCCAUGUAUCUGCUCAUGGGCAUCCCUGACCGAUUCAACGAGUUCUGCCACAUGGACCAAAUCACCUUUGUCCAGCUCGCCGACUGGAUACUCAACAACGUCGAGUCGCAGCUCGCGGCAAACGUCAGCAUCGAAGAGAGCCUGUUCGUUUUCCUCGACAUUGUCGCACAGGGAAACAGCUUCAGCAGUGCGGCGUACGGCUGGGACCACGACCUCCAGCUCACACAAGGCAUCUUCCUCAACGUCCUCAACGCCCUGACUGUUCUCCGCGAGAGCAAGGACCUCUCGUUGUCGUGUCCGUCCAUCAAUUCGACCAGGAGCCGCUGGCGGAUCGCAAAGGCCUGGCGCCCUGGCCGAUCGAGAGGCGACGGCCUUGUCAAGGUCGGCAACGACGGCAUGUCGAGCGACGGCCUCGAGGUGGACCAGGAGACGCUCAAGCAGGCCUUGAUGGCGGUCAACAACUUCAUGCAUGAGCGCGAAGAGUACGAGCACUUUGAGUGA